AUGUUACGUGAAUAUCUUCUUUUGCCGCUGCUGGCAUCAUAUGCCACAGCGGUGCAGAUCUCUGUUGCUAAAUCCGGUGGCAAUGUGACGACGAGCUUGCAGUAUGGUGUGAUGGAAGAGGAAAUCAACCAUUGCGGUGAAGGUGGUCUCUACGCCGAGUUGAUUCGCAACCGAGCGUUCCAGGGUAGCACUACCUACCCUUCCAACUUGGAUGCUUGGUCUGCUGUGGGUGGAUCAGCCCUGUCGCUACAGAACCUCAGUAACCCGCUUUCUUCUGCCCUCCCAACCUCCGUUCGGGUUGAGGGGAAUGGUACUUCGGGUCUGACGAAUGUGGGUUUCUGGGGCAUCGACGUUCGACCUCAAAAAUACUCGGGAUCAUUCUAUGUCAAGGGCUCUUACAAAGGCUCCUUCAUAGCCUCGCUUCAGUCCAUUACCAAUGGGGAAGUCUUUGCUACCGCCAAGGUGUCGUCAAAGAGUGUUGCAGAUGACUGGGUGCAGCAUGAUUUUACCCUCACACCAAAAAAGACAGCUCCCAGCACCAACAACACGUUUUCGUUGACCUUCGAUGCAUCUAAAGCGUCUGGGGGCUCACUUGACUUCAAUUUGAUCAGCCUGUUCCCACCGACCUGGAACAACCGCCCCAAUGGAAUGCGACGGGAUCUCAUGCAGGCCAUGAGGGACCUGAAUCCCAAAUUCCUUCGUUUUCCUGGUGGAAACAACCUCGAAGGGAAUUCAAUUGAUGGUCGUUGGAAGUGGAACGAGACCAUUGGACCACUGAAGAGCCGCCCUGGCCGUGCAACCACCUGGGGCUAUGGAGAGACUGGCGGUAUGGGCUUGGUUGAGUACAUGGAGUGGUGUGAUGACCUCGGCUUGGAGCCCAUUCUGGCAGUCUGGAGCGGACUUGCAUUGAACAGACAGGUUGUUUCCAAGGCCAACAUUGGUGUCUACGUCCAAGAUGCCCUCAACGAGCUCGAAUUCUUAACAGGUUCGGUCGACACGGAGUACGGUGCUCUACGGGCCAAAUAUGGCCAUCCUGAACCAUGGACCAUCCGGUUUGUUGAGGUGGGCAACGAGGACAGCCUCAAUGGUGGUGCGAGCUCGUACAAGUCCUACCGCUUCGCGGCCUUUUAUGAUGCUAUUACGGAGAAGUACCCAGACAUCCAGGUUAUCGCGUCCACUCUUGAUAUAACACUUCCUGGAAACGCUGGCGGUGAUUACCACCUGUAUGAUAUUCCGGACAAUUUUGUUAAGAAGUUCAACUUGUUCGACAGCUACAGCGACGAGCAUCCAAUUUUGCUGGGCGAAAUUGCCGCCACCGAGUGGAACAACGGGAAGGGUGUUGACUGGAGCGAUACUCAUUUCUCUUUGUAUCCGUGGUGGCUUGCCUCCGUCUCCGAGGCGGUCUUCCUUUUGGGGGCGGAGCGGAACGCAGACAAGAUUAUUGGAACAACCUAUGCGCCAUACUUCAUGAACCUGGACAGCUACGAAUGGUCGCCGACUAUGAUUUCUUUCAACGCCAACCCCGAUGAUACCGCGAAAUCCACCAGCUGGCACGUCUACAGUCUCUUUAAUGACAACCACAUGACCAACACCCUGCCCGCAACCUCCAACAGCAGCUUUGGCCCACUUUACUACGCAACCGGUUUGAACAACAAAACCAACUCCCACAUCUUCAAGGCUGCUGUGUACAACAGCACUGCAGAUGUCCCGGUGUCUCUGACGUUUGAAGGCAUUGGACGGGGCACCACCGCCGACCUGACCAUCCUCACGGCACCCAGUGGUUUCUCCAUGAAUGAGGUUGGUGGUCCCAACACUGUGGAGAGCCAGACUACCAAGAUCAAGGCUGGCAAGCAGGGUGUCUUCAGUUUCAGCUUGCCGAACCUGAGCGUUGCCGUGCUCACUACCAAGUAG